UGUCACAUUGACACUUCAAGAUAGACAAAAAUCGUCCUUGAUUGGAGUGUGCUUGCAGGUUUGGAUUACUGCCGUUAUUGAAUCAUUUAAUUAGAAAAAUCGAUAUGGAAGCCCGAAACGAAGACACUCCUCCAGCAGAAAGAACUAUUUUUGAUGCAAUAGGUCAAGGCGACUUGACAGAAUUCAAAAAUAUUUUGGCACAGCACAAGGGUGGAGUCGAUUUCUUUGACGAAAAUGGUAUGACGGCCCUCCAACACGCCGCUUAUAAGGGGAGCAAGGAUAUGGUGCAACUACUACUUGAUAGGGGAGCAGAUGUGCAUUCCGGAAAACACGAGUACAAUUAUACAGCCUUACACUUUGGGGCACUUUCUGGGAGUUCUGAUGUUUGCAAGUUGCUUCUGGAUGCUGGCGCCAAGUCUACAGCCACCAACUCCGUUGGCCGUUCUGCUGCUCAAAUGGCAGCAUUCGUGGGUAACCACCACACCGUCGCUACUAUCAACAACUACGUUCCUCGCUGUGAAAUCGCAUACUUUUCUGUGCCCCAAGGCCAACAAACAGAGCCUUACCUGCCACCAUUCUUAGUAGAACCUCUUCACAAGCUCGUUCUUGGGGUUAACAUCCAUCCUGUCAGGCUGGCCCUCAACCUUCAGAGCACUCCAAUCUUACUGGAAAACGCUGACAAAGUCAGCAAAGUCUUAGAAAUGAUGUGCAAGAAGGAAAUGUCCAGAGGCAGCGAAACAAAUGAAGUUAUGGCCUUUAAAUACCACUACCUCGCUUAUAUCGUAAGAGAAAUCAAUAAUAUAAGAGACAAGCAGAAACCUGUUUCAGAUAAGGAUGAGAAGAAACAUGAUGUUGUUGAAAUAUUUUCUAAGAAACUUUUGAAACCAGGCAAAGAUGGGUACUCCUUGGACUUAAUGGAUACUUUCCUCAAGGAUUGUGUCAGAGAGUUUCCAUUUAGAGAAUGUACAACUUUCCAUCAAAUGGUCACUGCCCUGACUAGUAAAGAUGCCCCACCUGCAUUGUCCGUUAUCAACUGUACUAUAAAUGGGCAGCGUGGGUUUGUUGAUGCGAUCCCAUACUGCAGCACUUGCGGUGAGGAGCAGCCAGCAAAAAAAUGUUCUAAAUGCAAAUCUGUACAAUACUGUGAUAGGGAGUGCCAGAGAUUGCACUGGUUUGUUCAUAAGAAGGCUUGCAAUCGGGAGUCUAGUGCCCCUGUUACAACGAACAAUGUGAAAUUGAGCAGCAUUGAUGCCAAUGAACUGAGUUCCGAACUUCAAAACCUAGUGGCUGGAUAGGGUCUUGUAACUAUGUUUGUAUGUAAUGGAUGAUAUAGUUUCUAUUGUUCGCAAUGUUGUGCUUUAAAUAAAUACAUGUAUUGUGAGAUA